AUGCUCAAGCAAAAUGGUACAGUCUUCAGGCCUCUGGUGCUGACACUUGUUGGUAUCCCUGGCUUGGAAUCUGUGCAAUUCUGGAUUGGAAUCCCUUUCUGUACCAUGUAUACCCUUGCUUUGUUUGGUAAUUCCCUGCUCCUGGUUGUCAUCAAAGCUGAGCGCAGCCUCCAUGAACCCAUGUACAUCUUCCUGGCAAUGCUUGGAGCAACAGACAUUGUUCUCAGUACCUCCAUCUUACCUAAAAUGCUAGGAAUAUUCUGGUUUCAUUUGGAAAAAAUAUACUUUGAUGCAUGUCUCUUGCAGAUGUGGUUCAUCCACACAUACCAGGGUAUUGAGUCAGGCAUUUUAAUGGCCAUGGCUCUGGACCGCUACGUGGCAAUCUGUGAUCCUCUGAGACAUGCAACCAUUUUUAGCCACCAACUUCUUAUUAAGAUUGGGGUUGGGGUGACUCUUAGAGCUGGCCUUCUUGGAGCUCCAUGUGUCAUUCUCAUCAAAUGCCGGCUGAAAUUCUACCAGACAACUGUGGUCUCCCAUUCGUAUUGUGAGCACAUGGCCGUCGUGAAGUUGGCAGCAGAAGAUGUUCGUAUCAAUAAGGUCUAUGGUUUGUUUGUAGCUUUCAGUAUACUUGGACUAGACAUAAUAUGCAUCACUUUGUCCUACAUUCAAAUUUUUAUAACUGUCUUUAAUCUUCCUCAAAAGGAAGCUAGGCUAAAGGCCUUCAACACCUGCAUCGCCCACAUUGUUGUCUUCCUUGAGUUUUAUGUCCUGGGUUUCUUCUCUUUCUUUACACAUAGGUUUAGUUUCCACAUUCCAUCCUACAUUCAUAUUCUUCUGUCCACCCUUUACCUACUUGUCCCACCUUUGCUCAAUCCUAUCAUAUAUGGAGUAAAGACCAAACAAAUUCGAGAUGGAAUGUCUAAGAUAUUCUUCCCUAAGGGAGAUUCUUGA